GAUCGGGGGCAGAGGGGCGGGGCGCGCCGAGGUUGCGAGUCCCGGAGAUCUUUUGCUCUCUGUUACUCUCGCUCUCCGCGGCGCGAUCAUCAUGUCCCUGGCAGCUUCGGCGGGCCGGGGCCCGGGGACCUUGUGGUCCCCGACGCAUGUGCAAGUCACAGUAUUGCAGGCCCGGGGCCUGCGGGCCAAGGGCCCCGGAGGCACGAGCGACGCGUAUGCGGUGAUCCAGGUGGGCAAGGAGAAGUACGCCACGUCGGUGUCGGAGCGCAGCCUGGGCGCGCCGGUAUGGCGGGAAGAGGCCACCUUCGAGCUGCCGCCGCUGCUGUCCGCUGGGGCUGCGCCCGCCGCCGCCGCCACCCUGCAGCUCACCGUGCUGCACCGCUCACUGCUCGGGCUCGACAAGUUCCUGGGCCGCGCCGAGGUGGAUCUGCGGGAGCUGCAUCGGGACCAGGGCCGCAGGAAGACCCAGUGGUAUACUUUGAAAUCCAAACCAGGAAAGAAGGAGAAAGAACGAGGAGAAAUUGAAGUUGACAUCCAGUUUAUGAGGAACAACAUGACUGCUAGUAUGUUCGACCUUUCCAUGAAAGACAAGUCCCGGAAUCCAUUUGGGAAGCUGAAGGACAAGAUCAAGGGGAAGAAUAAGGAUUCUGCAUCGGAUACAGCUUCUGCCAUUGUGCCCAGCACAACCCCCUCUGUGGACAGCGAUGAUGAGUCUCCUUCAAAAGGGAAGAAGAAAAAGUCAAAGAUUAAGACCUUGUUUUCCAAGUCAAAUUUGCAGAAGACACCACUUUCCCAGUCAAUGUCUGUCCUACCUACUUCAAAAUCAGACAAAGUGCUUCUUCGUCCUGGGGACUUUCCGUCCCGAUGGGGGGAUGAUGAUGAUGAAAAUGAAGAUGAGUCCUCUUCUGCCUCAGAUGUCAUGUCUCACAAGAGAACAGCAAGUGCAGAUCCCAAGCAGCUCAGCCAGAUGAACUUCACCCUUCCCAGAAAGGAUGGACUCUCCUUUCUUGGUGGCCUUCGAUCUAAGAAUGAUGUUCUUUCCCGCUCUAAUGUCUGUAUCAAUGGCAACCAUGUUUACAUGGAGCAACCGGAAGCCAAGAGUGAGACCAAGGACAGCUCCCCUUCCUCCUCCCCCUCCCCCUCCCCCCAGGGUUUCAGGAAGAAGCAUUUGUUCUCAUCUACAGAAAACCUGGCUGCUCGGUCUUGGAAGGAACCUGGGGAAGGAGGUACAAUUUCUUCUGACAAGCGACCCUCCGAGUCUUCCACACAGGAUUCUCUGAAAUCCACAUCUCUGCCAUCCCACUGGCCACCGGUCAGCAGUGAUUUGCGGGAAAGCACAGCUAUGUCCAACUUGGAGACUGUAAAAGAAACCAAAGAGAGCAAGAAGCCAGAGAGCAAGAAGUCCUCUUUGCUUUCUCUGGUAACAGGAAAGAAGGACACAUCUAAGGGUGGUGAAGGCGAAAGUCCUCCUUCCCUCUUGGGGAAGGAGAAGGAAGUCAAACCAAGGGAGGACAGGCCUGUUGAAGAUGUUGUAAGAAGACACGAGCAAGAUCCCACGGCAGUGGUCUCCAGACAGGGUAGAUCCCUGAAUCCCUUUGAAGAAGUGCAGACCAGAGAACCAGAAGUGAGCCCAGAGUCCAAGUUAGAACCUGCGCUGCCUGUGGCUUCUGCAAGGGCUCUCCAGACCAAGGCUGUCAAACCUCGACUGGAAGUGUCUCCAGAGGCUCAACCCACAGCCAGGCUUCUAUCUCCCCCUGACUUGCCUCUCUUUUUCUCAGCUUUGUCUUCCAGUUCUGGUCAGACACCUGUCCUUUCUAAACUGGGGCAAGAUCCAGAGACACCGUCCUCUGAAUGUCCCUCUGUCUUUUCCUCUUUCCCCUCUCCCAUAGCAGCUCCCAUUUCUACAUCCACUCCAAUCGAAGCCUGGCCUUCCACAGACAAAGACCAGGCCAGUUCUGAAGAACCCUCUUUGCUUCUCAAGGCAGAAUUGCAAAAGGAGAGUUUGCCACAAGCUCCAUGUACCAUUUCUCGUGCUUUGGGUUCCUUUUCCAAAGACUCAUCCACUCCCAUGUGUGAUGGGGUGGAAGAUUCUCCAGUGAAGAAGGCUGGUGAGAUAAAAACAGAGAAGAGCACUGGCAGCGACUCAGAAAAACCUCUUCUGGAUCAACCUGAAGUGGAACAGAAAAAAGAACUGCUGGAGUUGCCUCUCAAAAAGAAAAAGUACACUCCUUCAUCUGUAGAAGUCCAAGAAAUAGCAUCUUCCCUUUCAGUCAGAAAUGGUGGACAUAUGAAUUCAUCUGGGAAGCAUGUGCUGGGGAAUGACACAGAGAGGAAGUCGAGCUCUUUUGUAGAGAACAGCAAUAGGUCUGGCGAGUUGGCUGCUAUAACUGAAGAAGUGACACCCCCUCUCCUGGUAAGAGAAGCAGCCCCCCCACUUGACACUGUGACUCAGAAACAUGAAGAGGCAGGUCUGAAUGUCAGUGAGGUCCAAAAGAAAACAAAAAAACGUGUGUCGUUUUCUGAACAGCUCUUUACCGAAGAGGAGGUAGAGAAGCUCCCUGGAUUGGACAAGGAGGACAAAAGUAACCAAGAGGACAGAGGCACUGUUACCAGAAACGUAUCUGAGGAAGAGUCUUCUGAGUGUCUCCACACACGAGUCUCAGAGAGAGAAGUAAUGACUAAAUCCACACCUGUGGUGGGUCUCCUUCCUUGUCCCUCUCAUGAGGAAAGUCUGUCAGAAGGCCAAGAGAGUAGUGAGACCAGCUUAGGGAAAGAUGGUCCACUCUUUAGUGUUGAAGGGGAUGAUGCCCGGAUGGCCCAGAAUCAGAGCAAGGCCAGUGACCAUGAAGGCUUACUGUCUGACCCCUUGAGUGACCUCCAGUUGGCCUCUGAUGUUAUAUCUCCAGGCAUGGCUGAUCUGGACUUAAGUCUCCCUUCUAUUCCUGAAGUCCCAUCCGAUGAUGAAAGAAUAGAUCAAGUUGAAGGUGACAGAGAUGCAGCAGAGGUGGCCAUUCCAGAAGCAGAGCUUUCUUCCCCUACUGUGUGUCCCGAGAAGGACAAGGAGUCAAGUGGCAAGGCAGAUGGGCUGGUCAUGCCCCCAGGGAGUCCCAGGGAAUGCAGGCCAGAAGCACCCGAAACAUCUUCUAUGGCUUCUUCAGAAGUUCUGGGGACUCAUAAAGCAGGCCUUGGCUUAGGCUCAAGUCUGGCUAAACAGCCACUAGGGCCCAACUACGGCAAGGAAGAAAAACUGCUGGGAAGCGGGAGGCCCAAUCACCUUUCUGACCUGGUCCUGGAUUCUACUGGAUCUAAUCUGUCCUUUUCUGAGCCCUUUUCUGCCACACAUUCUUUCCCUCACUCUCCACAUUCUGACACUCACCACACCCGCACAACAGAGUCUCAAAAAAAAGCGACAGCAGAGGGCUCCGCUGGUAAAGUGGAAAGUUCUGGGAAGAAGAAGCCACUUCUUCAGGCCUGGGUUUCACCCUCGGAGGCACAUCCAGGCUCAGCUCAACCGAGCACUGGGUCAGCCAAGCACAGACUUCAUCCUGUGAAGCCAAUGAACACAACAGCCACGAAGAUUGCCAACUCCAGUUUGGGAACAGCCACCAUCAUCAGUGAGAACUUGAUCAAUGAAGCCAUAAUGAAGAAAUACAACCCCUCGGACCCUGCUUUUGCUUAUGCACAACUCACCCAUGAUGAGCUGAUCCAGCUGGUCCUGAAACAGAAGGAAACAAUAAGCAAGAAAGAGUUUCAAGUUCGUGAGCUGGAAGACUACAUUGACAACCUACUAGUCAGAGUUAUGGAAGAAACCCCCAACAUCCUCCGAGUCCCAGCACAGGUUGGCAAAAAAGCAGGAAAAAUGUGAACUGCCAGCACAGGACACUGAGAUGUCUUUGUGAUUUUGUUUCCACCAGCUCCUAAAGUCAAGGACUCCAUAUGCCUGAUAACUGGCUCCAAAUCACCGUCUCCCUUGCAUGUUAUCUGGAGAGAGUCAGUUCUACCUACGGAAGCCAGGUUAAUUAUUACAAUGAAUCUUUUACUGUACAUUCCCAGGGUUAUAUUUGUAAACUCCACUGUGCCUUUGACUGUGUUGUAAAUAUUUAAUUCUCUGACACAGAGACCAGACUAUAGGAUCUGAUCUUGGUUCAGAGAUUCAGAUGGCACUGGAAGCAUAGAAGAACUUUAAUAUUGGGGCUUUCUUGCUUUGAUAUUGAGAUGUUAAGAUAUGAUAGCCCCCUCCCCCAAGGUCAUUCACAUUUGGGGGGAAAUGAGAAGGGCCACCCAACUGGUGCUGUAUCACACAUAUGAUCUUAACUUUUUAGUAAUUCAUCCAAAUCUUUGUGGCUGCAGAGGCUCAGUUUUGAUACCAUGUAAACCGACUGGGCAUCUUGGAUUCCAUCUUGUUGCUUCCACUGGAGCAAAGGAGUUUCGAGAAAGCUACUGAGUUUGUCUUUGAUAGCUGGAACGAACUCCCUUUCCUAAACAUCUGUUCCCACAACUAUGCAGCCUUAUAGUGUGCUCUGUAGUGAGCCUUGUAGCCAUGUAUAGAGCUGUGGAAAGUGUAACAGGAAUUUGAAUCACUUUGCACUCUAUUUAGGUGGUACAGGUCAAAAUUCCUCUUGUGGUGGCAGGGUUCUCAACUGUACCUUGCUUAGGGGCUUGAGUGACUCAGGCUCUCACUAACAUGACUCUCUACCAAGUAUGAAGUAACUUCAGUGGGGUUACUUUGGCCUUCUCCCCAUGCCUUUACUUGACUCCCUGAUUUCUGUGGCAGCACUGCCAGAUUUUACUCCCUUGUUAGAAAAUUGAGAAGAGAAAAAUGAUACCUAUUUUUUGGAUUCACUGUCUUUUUUAAAGUUGAGAUGAUACACAUUUUUUUUAACUAGGAUACUUGCCUCCUUCAUGACUUCUAGUACCAGUUCCAAUUCAUUCCAGUUACUUUAAUGUUCGUGUCUUAAUAGUUGAUCUAGAAUAUUUUUACAUUGCUCAUUUAUUUCUCCUGUGUGUGACAGAAUCUCAUCUAAUCUUGACAUCUCUCCAGGGGUAAGAAUAGCACAGGCCAAUAGGGUGGACAGGGGCUGAGAGAAAUAGCAGUUCUUGUUGGAAAUCUCAUCUGUGUUUGUUCUCAACAUGUUAAAAUUAAAUGGGAAGAUUGUUGUCAGUGCAAUCCCUUUUCUGGAUAGUGUUGGUUGCAACAUUAAUUAUACAAGAGCACUUUAAUUUGAAAGAUGAUAUCUUAACUCACCUAAUUUGCUUUUAAUUCACUAAAACUAUUUUAUUUAAUAUUCUGCUGUACUGCGGGCCACUUUAAACUUCUCAGAUGACUUCUAUUUUUGUAGUGCUAUGAAAUUUAUUUACAUACCUAUAAAGAACUGUAUGCUCACUUGAACUCUGAAGAUGUACAUGUAUAUAUUUGUUCUGUAAUAUUUUUUUUACUUGACAUAAGUGUAUUUUGACUGUGAUAACCCAAGUGUACUGGGGGCAAUGUGCUUUGAAUGGUUUCUCCUUUGAAGAGCUGGUGUGGAGACGUGCUUUGUUUGUGGGAGUAACUGGUUUGUAGAUAAGCAGCUGCUAGGACCUUGGACAUGUAACUUGGUCAGUAUUUGAGAGGGUCAGUGUUUGAGAGCGAUGACUAGAUGGGUGUGCUCCAUUCCCAUGCUCUGAAAUGUCACUUGGGAACUCUAGAGAAUGAAGGACCAUUUACUUCCAGGGUGUCUGGCUUCUAUCACUGUUGGGAAAAGAAGGAAAAAAAAAAUCAGUCUUAGAGCAUUCCUGAACCUCACCAAAUAGAUAACCUGGAGGUCAUUACUUUAAAAGCAUUCCUGAGGACCCCACUUUGGGGAGUAAUCCAAAACACCAAAGAAAAGCUUUAAGCUACUUGGGUCAUUAACAGAGGCUGGGGACUUGGGUGCUAGGCCCACACUAAGUGGUGCAUGUCUGAGGGCAUGCACCCACCUGCACUAGGAGACCUGGGAUUUGCCACUUAUUGCUGUGCACUUGAACUUAACUGGUAGCCCCUGGGAAGAGGCUGUGUUUGGGAGAAGCUGGAGUAGCCCUUUUUUUCUUUUUUUUUUUUUUGUCUUGCCUGAUGGAUGGCCUCCAGAAAAAAAUACUUGCUACUAAGGGACCAUUCAAUUUACUAGUGAACACCUUGAAAUGAAUUGCAACUGGAGAUUAUUUGCGGGGGGGGGGGGGAUUAAGCCUUUGAUUAGUUGCUUCAUAUCAUCUCGUUCCUUGGUCUCUGACAGAUCUCCUUCUCUCCCCUUAUAUUUCUUCUGCAUGUCAGCCUCAUUAGGAUGACAGCAUACGGGAAAGCACAAAGUCUAUCCUUUAUCAAGGCUGGGCAGCCAUUAAACCUGAAUGGAGAGGUGUCUGUGCCUGUGCUUACAUGUGCCCACAUAAGUGAGCUACCCACAUGUGGUUUCCAGUGUUGCCAAUAGCAGGAACUUAAAAGGGCACAUCCUGGCUAAGCCACAAUGCUUAGACACAUGCUGUAUUGAAGACCAGCAGCUUUUAAUGCUACAUUAUACAAGACGUUUCCUCUAUGGGCCCUUUCUCCCAGUCAGGCUCCCCCUAACCCCUGCCUUCUUACUUAACAAUAUUAUUUAUUAUCCUUCAGGACUGAAAGGGUAAUUGAUUGCCUGGGGUGGAGAACUUAAGCCAGUGUCCACACCAACCUAAAACUUUGGUGUUUCAACAUCUGUUAUGUGAGCGCCUAACUUGACCUCUUUCUCCUCACAGUUGAAGGAUUGCUCAGCAGUUAUUUUGUUGUUGUUGGUUUUGUUUUGGAUUGUAAACUUAUUUCUUAUUUUGUUACUUUGGGAACUCUGAAUUUCUUUGGUUUUGCUUUUAAGAGGUAACCUAAGAUCUCCUACAACACUAAAUAAAGUGGUUCUACCUUUCAAA